AUGCCCAACGCCGGGGUCUCACUGUCCGGAUUCUUCGACGGCCUCUUGGCGCUCGCCCGCUACCUGCUCUGCCUCCCCGGCUGCCUCCUGGGUCGCAGGCACGGAUGGUCCAAGCUGAAGGAAGAUGACAAUGAAGUCGACGUCGUCGAUGAGUUCGUGCUACCCGGCCGCUCGGUCGUCACGUUCAACCACAGCAGCGCCCAGGCGGCGCCGCCCGCCUGGGUGGACCUCGACAGGAAGCUCUCGGAUGUCCAAGGCCGGCCCAUGCUGAAUCAAGCCUGCCCAGUGCUGGGCGCAUCGACAGCGGAUCCGGGGGCCGGUCCCGGGGACCUCAUCGACAUCCUGGCGGACGCGCCGGUGGCGAGUUGCCCCCCCCCGGUGGUCGAUGCAGAGCAGUCGCGCCGUGGGGCGAGGGGGUUCAGCGUCGGCGCCGUUGUCAGUGCCGGCCCCAGUGCCGGUGCCAGUGCCGGUAGGGAUGAUGAGUUGUCCAACAGGCCCCUCCCAGCGUCGAUCUCAGACCCGACGGGCGCGGACGGGAGCGGCGGAUUGCUUGCUGCAGGGCUGGCUUCGCAUUGCGCACCGUGGCGACCGCCACAGCCGGCGGGAGCGGCAGGCAUUGGGGCUGGGGCACCGGGCAGCCCGUUUGGGGUCUUAGGCUCUACUCCGGGCGUGAGCAAAUUCACGCAUCAGAGGUCCGUUCCUGCGGACUUUGGAGCGAGGGCCAUCGGGACGAAUGGUGGCAUGGCGAGCCCAUUCGCUGGUGCCGGCUUGGCGUGGGAGCCCACAGGGAGGGGGCUGUUGGGCGAUCGGCGCAAUGGGGUGGGCGAACUUGCUGGGCCGGGCAGAUCGGUGGACGCGGACAGGGUAAAGAGUGGGGCGCCCGGCGCGCACAAGCGGGCGGUGUCUGCGUCCGUGAGGAAGGAGUGCCAGCUGCUGGCGCUGCUCCCCCAGCGGCUGGACGCGGACGGGCAACUUAGGGCGCCGGACGCGGUGUCCGGGAUGGGCGGACAAUUUGGGAACGGGUUGCCCGGCGCGACCGUGACAGUCACGCGGACGAGGUCGGCGCCCAUGCCCUGGCGCAUGCCGUCGCCUGACCCCGAGGGUCAGGAAGCUGUCGACGUCAAAAAAGAGCCCAAAAAAUUGAUGGGAGGGGAGGCGGGAUCUAAAGGGGGCCGGUGUGAGCACGUCCUGUGCGCGGCGGCGGACGACAUCGGCCAAAGGCGGUCGAUGGAGGACAGGAGCUUCGCGGGCACGGGGAAAAACGCGUGCUGCCCAAAGAUCGGCGCGUUCCUGGGCGUCUUUGACGGCCACAACGGCGCCCAGGCCGCCCAGUUUUCCAGCGAGCACUUCAUGCCCUUCCUUGCGGACGCCCUCUCUGGCGGGCUGAGCGUGGGCGAGGCUCUGGAGGGGGCGUUCAGGCGGUGCGAGGAGGCGUUGUUCGACGCUUGGAAAGAAGGGGAGGUCGGAGAUGCGGGCACCACGGCGCUGGUGUGCGCGCUGACUUCCGACGACCACCUGCACUUGGCCAAUGCCGGGGACUGUCGCGCCGUUUUGAGCCGGUCCGGGCGCGCUGAGGCUCUCACAAAGGAUCACAAGCCCGGGAACGAGCUGGAGAAGAGGAGGAUUUUGGCCUGCGGUGGUUUUCUGGACGAUGACGGCUAUCUGAACGGGGAGAUUGGCGUCUCGAGGUGCUUCGGCGACUUUCACUUGUCGGGGAUCAAGAGGCCCCGGGACGGCGGCGGUCCGCUGAUCGCCACCCCCGACUUGGUGGACGAGGAGCUGAGCCCAAGUUGCGAGUUUGUGAUCGUGGGAUCGGAUGGCCUUUGGGACGUGCUGAGCAACCAGAGGGCGGUGGACAUGGUGCGCGCCGAGCUGAACGAGAGCAGGAGUGCUGAGAAGGCAGCGGAGAAGCUUGUGUUUGAGGCCAAGCUGAAGGAGAGCCGGGACAACAUCACCGCGGGGCUGAUGGUGCUGAGGGACCUGCCGCUGCCGGCGAGGAGGACGGAGAGGAAGCGGUUCGUGAACAGCCGGCUGAGGCUCAGCAGCAGGAGCCUCAUGGACCUGAAGCACGCCAUUCAGAACGCCGACGCAAUGCCUUUGCCGCGGCCGAUUUGA